AUGGUUUGGUGUGCUAAUGCUAGUUUACCAGAAGGAUUCGAGAACUGCGACACACUGGAAACUAUCAAAGGUUCAACGUAUUCAUGUAUAUCUCUUGCUGCUUACAAUGCUGGUGCUAAAGCACUGACAUUCAUCUAUAAUGGUUGUCAUCUGUUUCAAACGUCUUCUGAUGAAUGCAACAAGUCCGAUUGUUUCAUCAAUGUUGAAGAGAACAGUAGAGCAAACUACUGUUGCUGUGAUACUGACAACUGUAAUGAGAAUGCUACUGCUUGGAAUGUGGAGGUGGACCACAAUAUUUACCUGCCAGUCCCAGUUCGCUAUGAGACUAUCACUGGAUUCACACGUAGCGAGAAACUUGUCUCAAACGCUGAAGAGUACAAUCCAUGGCUUUUCGUUUUUCUUGCUGUCUUGUCAUUCGCUAUUCUCGCCUUUGUUGCUGCCGUUGUCAUUCAGAGAUGCGUAUGUUCAAGAAAGCUGCAAGUUUUGCAUGUUGAUGGCAUCAAAGAAGGAGUCGAAGCAGGCUUAUCCGGAGAGUACAAGAGUCAUCGUACUUCUGAAUCUGACAUCUGA